GCUGCAUUGAGACAGUUGAACAUAACCGUGGAAAAAACAGUUUGCAGGAGAGUCACUUGGAGGCGAAUCCAGGAGCCUAAAAUGGGAGUCGAGAUUGAGACAAUAACCCCAGGCGAUGGAAGGACUUUUCCCAAAAAAGGACAGACCUGUGUGGUGCAUUAUGUUGGCUCUUUGACAGAUGGGCGGAAGUUUGACUCUUCCCGUGACCGUGACAAGCCGUUUAAGUUUAAGAUUGGUAAACAGGAAGUCAUUCGUGGCUGGGAGGAAGGUGUUGUGCAGAUGAGUGUUGGCCAACGAGCAAAACUGACCUGCUCUCCAGACUAUGCCUAUGGUAAUAAGGGUCACCCUGGGAUCAUCCCCCCAAAUGCCACGCUCAUCUUUGAUGUGGAGCUUCUGAGUCUGGAGUGACGGCUUGUUCUUAUGCAUGCUUUAUUAUUUGUCCAUUCUUUCAGGUUGUCUACACAUCAAGAAGCAAGAAGUCUACAUUUGAUUUUAGGAAGCAUUUUCUUGAGUCUUAUGUUACACCUGUUUCAUUACUUCUUUAUCUGCAGACAUCUGUGAUUUUGCUUCUGUCUCUACUUGUACUGCCCUCAGCCUUAUAUGCUCUGAGAUAGUAGUUCUCAGUGAUACUUGCAUAUCCUCAGAUAUAUGCAUCAUCUGGAUCGAUGUUUAAUACAUUUUGACUAUCCCCUUACACAAUUUUCCAUAUACUUCAAAUGUAGACAACCUACUGGUGUGCUAAUUUUGCUUCUUUAGUUUUGUACUUGAGCUAUGAGGCUAAUUUAGUUACCAAGUAAAUAACGUUUAUGCUAAAUAUUUAGCAUAGAUAUUUUUUUGCAAAAUACAUAAAUCAUAGACUUGCAACAUCCACUAUAAACAAAGAGAAUGCAAAAACAUUUUACCUCCUGCUGUGGCCAAAUGCUUGCAUGGAAUAAAACCAAACAACUGAUUAACAAAUGAGGUAAUUCCAGCUUUAGCUACUAUUUUUUGUUGUGCAACAUAAAACUUCUUUUGUCCAUUUUUAAGAUAUUAUAGUCUGUCAGAAACCACAUAAUCAAGUCUAUUUGAGAUUAUUUAACAGACUGAAUUUGAUAUGAUGCAGGUGUGUGAUGAUUUUGGUAUUUAGUUUGUAAGAUACUAAUUUGUGGGCAUAAACUUCCUUUACUUGUUCACUACAUUCACCUUGUAGCACUAACGCAAGACUAAAGAAGUUAAAUUUUGGACACCAAACCUGUCUUAGUUGAUUAGAUUUGGGGUAAGUGGAGAAUGUUCUUAACUUAAUUAAAAACUUUUUUUUUUUAAUUUUUUUUUUUUUUUUUUUUUUUUUACCAUGCUAUUACUUUAGCAUAUUUGAUUCAGGUUGUUAGGCAAUUUUAAUGACUUUUCUGAAUUAAUGCAGAAUGUGAAGACUGCAUGGCACAGGGGUUCAUCAGGCCUGGGACUGAGAACUACUGUAGAACACACUAAAUGUGUCCAUAAUAAUAGCAAAUACUAAAUUGUGUGUUAUUUUUAUAAGCUGUGCAUGUUCAAGCAUAACAUCAAGAGUAGGAAGUAUUAGUAAGAAUUGUCAAAAUUGUUAUUAAUUUUGUUCAUAUAUCAUAAUUUAGUAAUUACACCCUCAUGAACAUUUGUAAUGUGCUUGGCCAAAAUAUUUGUGUGACUGAACACAUGGAAAGCACAUGUCUCUUUCUGAAUAUUAAAGUACAUAAGAACUUAUGUUUGUUUAUAUCUAAAUAUAAACAAACACUUUCUUUUCAUAUCUAGGCUUGAUUAUCAGAUUUCACUCUAGUUUAUGACAUAGUCAUAAUAGUAUUUAAUCACUUACAUGUUUAAUAACCAAUUACAGACGUUUGAUGUUUGGAUAAAAAUGUCCUGCUCAUCGCUGAAAUUAUAUGGACUGAAGAAAUGCUGUAUACUUUGAAAGAUACUCUUGAAACAAUGUGCUUGUUUGUGAGGUGAUCUCGUUAUACCUUUCUUCAGGCUGAUGCAGUUGGUUAGUGUUGAACAAUUUGAAAUAGUUAUAUCCUGCAUUCUAUAGUUUGUUUUAAUUUUAGGACUUUUUGCAGUGAGACACAUUGGCAUGACAGCAACAUAAUUCACAGACACGAUUGCAUUUAUAAUAACUUUAUAAACAUAUUGUUUGUCUUAUCCUUUUAUCAAAUCAACUACAUUUUUAGCAAACCACCAAUUUGCUCAAAACAUGUACAAAUCUGAGCACUGUGUGCACACCUUAAAGUGGAACCAUGCUUUUAUUAGAGGUGUGAGGCUAAAAGUUGUGAGAGCUGGUGGUACAAAACAACUUAAUUGAUACCGAAUCUUUAAACUACUUGCAUUACUAUAUAUUUUUUAGAUGGCAAGUAGUUUUUUAGAGUCUAUAUAUCAUAGGCACAAUUACACUGUAAAUUAUUUAUGAGCUAUUUAUUAUUAUUAUUAUUAUUAUACUGCCUAGGCAUGCACUGUUUUGUUGUUUGAAAUGAUAGAGGCAGUAAGGUUUUAUAUGGUGAAUAAAAAAGUAAGUUAUGAUAUAAAAGUAAAUCUUUUAAAACAAUGACUUGAGUUGGUGCUUUUUUCUACUGUUGAAGUAUAAGCAUCAGUGUGGCUUUAAUAGUGCUUGAAUGCAAUGUUUUAUUUGUGAUACACAGGCCAUAACCAAUGAACAAGUGAAACUGCAAUUGCAAUAAAAUGCUUUUUAUCUGCUUUAAGGAA